AGAAGUACAACGAAGGCAUUUUUACGAGGCAGUUAACCCAAAGCAUUCGGCUUAAGCGGAGCACGCGAAAUUAGAGCAAAACAUGCAAAGCGUCAAUACUAUUGCCAUACUAUUGGCCACGUUAAUUGCAGUUGGCUUGCAAGGCAGCACAGCGCUAACUUGCACUGAUGGCACUGCUAGCAAUCCCUGCACGACUUCUUGUUUCACCAGUAUUGAUGACAAAGGUGUCGUUAGCCGUGGCUGCGUGGCUGAGACUGGUUCCUGUGCUGCUCCCAGCUGCUUCAACUGCACAACGGACAACUGCAAUGCGCCUUUGGUAUGCAAGAGCUGCGAUGGAUUAGGCUGCACUUUAGUCACUGCUGCAACCAGCAACAAGAUUUGCGAUGCGGCUCAAGAGUGCUACAAUCAGCUUCAGCCGGACGGCACAAUAACGCGCGGCUGUGGCCCAAAGUGUGCUACGGAUAGCUGCAGCAGCUGCACAACGGAUAACUGCAAUGCAGGCAUAUAUCCAGCAAAUCGCCUGCUUUGCUAUCAGUGCACAGCGAACGAGGCGAAUUGCAAUGUUCCAGCGGAAUGCAACAAUGCUGAAGCCUUGUGCCUUGUUUAAGGAAGCAGGAUCAGCAGUGCUAUAUGACGGGCAGCAGUUUCCAGAACAUGACACGUGGCUGCAGCACAGAUGCAGCUGCGCUAUGUCCACAAGGCUCCAGCGACAGCAGCUGUCUGCUUCUGCAGCGAUCAAAAUGGCUGCAACUAAUAGGCAAUACGCUAGCUAACUUGGGCAGCUGCAUCAAGUGCAGCGGCGAGAACUGCAUAGAUAAGCAAUUGGCUACAGCGGGAGCCGAUUGUGCGCGCCUACAAUUAUACAGUUAACGAGGUAAGCUGCUAUAGCCCAGCUGGAGGCCAAUGGCACUGUGACGCGCGGAUGCAGUAACGAGCAUGAAACUUCCUGCGCCGAAACUGCCAACUGCAAAUCCUGCGCUGGCAGCAAUUGCAAUGUCGAUGAGAUAAGCCUUUAGCUGCAUCACCUGUCGUAGCGAUAACUAAUGCGCAUUGUCGCCAGGGCGAUCAUAUAGGCGGCACUGCCUUGUGUCAAUCCGCCAGCAGCUGGUCAAGCAAGCGAAUGCUUCGAAGGCCAGUGGAAUGGCAUUGUCAUGCGUGGCUGCCUUAGUGAUGCCGGCAGCCUGAUGCAGUCUCAAUGCAAAAACACUGCGGAUAAUCGCUGCAAAACUUGCGCCGCAAUUGAUUGCAACACCUCCAGCUACAAUGGCGCCAGCAGCUUGCAACUGAGCUUUGGUCUGUUCGCACUGCUGCUAAUUGCGCUCCAGCAAUGUCUCUAGGCCAAUUUAUUCCAAUCACUGUGCGUGUUGCUUAUCUAACUUUGUACAUAUAUAAAUAUCUAUAUAGCAAACAAAACACAUAAAUAAAUUAAUAUGAAUGCGAAAUGCGUCAUAGACGCGA